AUGAGAAACGUGUUAGCAUUAGUGUAUAAGUGUAGUGUUUUUAGUAAAUAUCGUCCCAUUAUCAGCAAACAAGUCAGAUUUUCCCACGAUCAGCAGUGGGGCAGUAAUAAACUACAUAGGAAAAUUAAAAUACCGAAUCCUCUUAGAGAAAUUAUUAUGGCUGACCCUAAAGUUGAAGAAAUUCUGGCGCCACUGCGGGCCUUAGUCAAGGAACAGGGGGACCUAGUCAGAAAACUGAAAGAAGAGAAAGCUCCAGAAAUUGACAUAAAGAAAGCUGUAGCCGAAUUGAAGACUCGCAAAAAAAUUUUAGAGGAUAAGGAACUUAGUCUCGCCCCUUCAGAAGAGCUCUUUGAUCGUGCUAAAAUGGAGGACCUUAUCAAAAGGAGGUUCUUUUAUGACCAGUCCUUUGCUAUUUAUGGUGGCAUCACUGGUCAAUUUGAUUUCGGACCUAUGGGAUGUGCUCUCAAAAGCAACAUGAUCCAACUUUGGAGGAAGCACUUCAUUCUUCAAGAACAGAUGUUAGAGGUAGAUUGCUCAAUUUUGACACCUGAACCAGUUCUUAAAGCAUCUGGACAUGUAGAACGGUUUGCUGAUCUUAUGACAAAAGAUGUAAAAUCUGGUGAGUGCUUUCGGUUAGACCAUUUGAUAAAGGCCCAUCUUGAAAAAAUAAAAUGUGAGAAAAACACUACAGCAGAUUUGAAAGCAGAAAUUGAAGAUAUUCUUGUAAAAUUAGAUGGAAUGACUGCUGCUGAGAUGGAAGCACUCAUGAAGAGGUUCCAAAUGAAGUCUCCUAUAAGUGGCAAUGAGCUGACACCACCAAUUGAGUUUAAUCUGAUGUUCAACACUCAAAUUGGGCCUAGCGGAUUGGUGAAAGGCUUCCUGAGGCCAGAAACUGCUCAGGGUAUCUUUGUUAACUUCAAACGUCUUUUGGAAUUCAAUCAAGGCAGACUUCCCUUUGCUGCUGCUCAGAUUGGUAACUCUUUCAGGAAUGAAAUAUCACCCCGUUCAGGCCUACUUAGAGUCAGAGAGUUCACUAUGUGUGAAAUUGAGCACUUUUGUGACACAAAGGACCAUCCUAAAUUUGAAUCUGUGAAAGACACCCAAAUGUUGUUUUACUCUGCUAACAACCAAGAGCAGGGUAAACCUGCUGAAAUCAUGACAAUCGGUGAUGCUGUUUCUAAAGGCAUUGUCAAUAAUGAAACUCUUGGUUACUUCAUGGCUAGGAUACACCUGUACAUGUUGGCUGUUGGUAUAGAUCUUAAAAAGUUGAGAUUUAGGCAACAUAUGGGCAAUGAGAUGGCUCACUACGCCUGUGACUGUUGGGAUGCUGAGUGUCUUACAAGUUAUGGCUGGAUAGAAUGUGUGGGCUGUGCUGAUAGAUCAGCUUAUGACCUAACCCAACAUACCAAGGCUACUGGAACUAGGCUAGCAGCAGAGAAGAAAUUGCCUGCUCCAAAACAAAUUGAAGUUGUUGAAGCUCUGCCUAAUAAAGCUGCUAUAGGCAAAGAGUUUAAAAAGGAUGCCAAGGUUAUCAAUGAUGAACUGGCAGCAAUGGAUUCCACAGCUUUAGAAGGACUUCAAGCCAAGUUAGAAAGUGAUGGAGAAUAUGUGCUUUCUACUCCUAAUGGUGAUUUUAAGCUUACACCAAAACUUGUUACUGUAAAGAAAUCUCAGAAGACAGUUCAUGUUGAAGAAAUCAUACCAAGCGUCAUUGAACCGUCAUUUGGUGUUGGCAGAAUUCUUUACAGCAUCUUGGAACAGAACUUUAAAAUGAGAGAUGGAGAUGAGCAGAGGACAUAUUUUGCUUUGCCAGCGGCAGUUGCUCCGAUGAAAUGUGCUGUCUUGCCACUUAGUGGUAAUGCUGAGUUCCAACCCUUUGUCAGAGAAUUGUCUCAAGAAUUAACAAAUGUAGAUGUAUCCCACAAAGUAGACGACUCCUCGGGCUCUAUUGGCCGUCGAUACGCAAGAACUGAUGAAUUGGGGGUCCCAUAUGCUAUUACAGUUGAUUUUGAUACAAUGAAAGAACCACAUAGUGUGACAUUGAGAGAAAGAGAUAGCAUGGGUCAAGUAAGACUGCCAUUAAGUGACGUUCCUAUUGUUGUUAGAGACCUGGCAAACAGUAAAAUAUCCUGGGCUAAUGUGGAGCAAAAAUACCCAAAGUUUGAACAACAAGAGAAUGUGAAAGGCGCCGCGGCUUAG